AUGGGGACAGGACAGGGACGGGGCAGGGACAGAAUAGGGACAGACUGGGGACAGACUAGGGACAGACUGGGGACAGGACAGGGACGGGGCAGGGACAGAAUAGGGACAGACAGGGGACACACUAGGGACAGAAUGGGGACAGGACAGGGACGGGGCAGGGACAGAAUAGGGACAGACUGGGGACAGACUAGGGACAGACUGGGGACAGGACAGGGACGGGGCAGGGACAGAAUAGGGACAGACAGGGGACACACUAUGGACAAAAUGGGGACAGGACAGGGACGGGGCAGGGACAGAAUAGGGACAGACUGGGGACAGACUAGGGACAGGACAGGGACGGGACAGGGACAGAAUAGGGACAAAAAAGGGACAGAUUAG